AUGAUCCGAAGGUGCGCAUGUUGAUCGAAGGAAGCGAGAUGAUAUGAGAGAUGUUACUUGGCCUUUCUUUUCCCUUCUCCUCCUCCAUCAUCUUUCGUGAUCACCUCGCUCUCCUCCCCAUACUUUCCCCCCCUCUUUCUCGCUCCAUCCAGGGCUGGCACCCUACCGUGCAGGACACGUACAACCUUAUACCUUUUCCCCCUUCAUCAUCGGCACCGGUUGUCACUUUACACAUUCCACAAUGGUCUCACACAUGGCGGGCACAGCCAGAGCGUUGCUGGACGACAGCAUCAACUCGUUCAUGGACACUUUGGCCUCCGCUACUUCGUCCUUGACGGAUGCGCCUACCAGCACCUCUUCCUCUCACAAAGGCAAGAGCAGCAGCCGGUCUGACCACGUUUCAGCUUCCAAUGACGACAACAAGGUUACGAAAACGCAUACGGUGACUACGACUGGCUGGGAGGAAAAGGCGGCAACUUCGAUCGAUGACAAGCACCAGACGCACACUUCCACCACGCUCGUACCCGCGACGCGCACGACUGUCAGCACCGCGAUUCAUCUCAAGUCUACGCCAGCGGUGACCAUCACAAUGUCGUUGGGAGAUGACUUGAAGACAUUCACCAUGACCCACUCUGCCGGCCUCACUCAACCCACCUCUUGGGCAGACAGGCUCGCAAUGGCCGAGGCUUCGGACGACGAGAAGCAAGCUUGGGCGGAUGAGCACGACGGCGAACAGAAACCGGAAGAUGACGACAAUCCGCUCUGGCUUGUGACCAAUGACGACGAGACGGAUGAUCUCUCCAACGAGGAGAUUGACAGCGCCAACAGCGAAAUCAGAAAAGCGACGAGCGAAGCUUGGAACCCGACCUCGCUCGGCCUUUUGCCAAUGACCACCGUCACCUUCACAAACACGGCGUCCACACCGCUCGCUACCUCUCUCCUUGGCGCAUCACGCGCAACAACCAUCGCCCCCAAAGCGACGGUGACGGCAGUGGUCAAGGACACGGAGCAAUGCGACAUUAUGGACCUCGAUUGCUUUCUGGACAGCAUGACUGCCGCUCCUGCCAAACCCACCAGCACCGACUCGUUUGGACAUGCGCAAUACGACCGAGUAGGCUCAAACGGUCAGCAGGACAACGGUCCCAAUCUGAGCGUCGGCGCCAUUUGCGGGCUGGCUGGUGGCAUCUUUUUGUUCUUCCUGCUUGGCGCCAUCGUCAUCGCAUGGACGCGUCGUCGUGCACACGACCGCAAAGAGCUCAUGCCGCACAGGCACGGCCAUGAUGGGGAGCACGGCUCCUGGGUCGAUCAGGGCGGCAUCUACGGGGCCUCUCACCAGCAAAGACGUUCGUAUUUUCAUCCUGCCCACGAGCCGCAAGCAUCGUACACGUACGGAAACGUUGGCAACGGAAUGGCGCCACCCGUAGCUCAAGCAGCUGCCGGUGCGAGAUCACCACCUGCUGGCUACCGCGUUCUGUCAUCUCGCUUCAGCGACGCUACGGGUAGAUCUGAGGAGCAGGAGCAACCGUACAUGUCUCAGUCUGGCCAUUUCCCCGUCGCAGCAAGCAUUCAGCAGCAGGACCCCUUUGCUGACAGCAACACGUUUGGCGGGUCGAGCCAAGGCCACGGAUCGCACGCUUCUCAUGCUCGGAGCAUCCCUCCGUCGUACGGACACGGUCGCAACAUUACGACGUGAUGACGGCAAGUCGAGCGAUGCCAGCCUCGGCACCUGCGCGCAACGUCAAGUGGGCGACCGCGAGCGGCGUCGCGCCUCCAGCGCAAGCUGGCACAUACACUCGAGGAAGCUUGGACGAGCAAAGAAACGUGCUGCCGCUGG